CUCUCGCUCUAAAUGGCCAAAUGGGUAUUGCAGCACAAACUCAAAUGAAAAAGUGGGGAAAAGGCCCACACGAUUGAUUGGAGGAGUAUAUUUGGCAUUUAUCAACAACCCUCAUCAAUCUGUCUUCUUAUUUUGUUGUCAUCUGUUGUGAUGAUAAUGAUCAGAGAUAUUAAACACAACCCCUGCCGGCAAUCGGCACUCAUACAUCAUCACCACAGCAGAAACAGAACUACCAUGCUCUUUCACACCAAUCUCGAACAUUUUCAUCUCUUCCUACCAAUUUUCCUCCUCCUCUCUCUCUCUAGCUUUGCCAAUCUCAUCCACGCCUCCUGUGAUCAACUGGAUCAAUAUUCCCUUAUCUCCUUCUAUCAUAACAUUUCCAGUCCUCCACCAUCUCCUCUGAAUUGGUCUACUGCAAUUGACUGCUGCUCCUGGGAAGGCAUUGCUUGCGAUACCAAUGGUCGGGUCACCAGGCUUUGGCUACCGUUUAGAGGUCUCUUGGGGACGCUUUCGCCCGCCCUUGGAAACCUCACUGCUCUCUCUCAACUCAAUCUCUCUCAUAAUUCACUCUCCGGUUCGUUCCCAGAUGGGUUUUUCUCAUCCUUCAAUGGAAUUCAGAUCAUGGACUUGAGCUUUAACCGGCUAGUCGGACAAUUACCAUUAUCUGAUGAAUUGCCAGUUUCCAUGCAAGCAUUGAAUUUGUCCAGUAACAAAUUGGGUGGGACAAUUGAGUCUUCAUUUCUCCAGUCGGCUAUGAGUUUGGCAUCUUUUGAUACAAGCAACAACAGUUUCAAUGGCUUUCUCCCUACCUCUAUUUGUGUCACUUCUCCAUCUGUCAAACUCCUGGAUUUCUCCUCCAAUUACUUCAGCGGCCAGAUUCCCCAAGGAUUUGGAGGGUGUUCUCAACUGGAGGUAUUCCGGGCAGGUUACAAUAACCUCUACGGGCAGCUCCCAAGCGACAUUUAUAAUGCGGGGCAACUGCUAGAAAUCUCCUUACCUGCCAAUACCCUCGUUGGACCCAUCGAUGAUGCAAUCGUUAACCUAACCAACCUCAGAGUCCUUGAACUCUUUGGUAACCAAUUGAAUGGCACAAUUCCUGAGAAUAUCGGGAAGCUUGCCAAGUUGGAACAGCUGCAGCUUCACAUCAACAACCUGACUGGAAAUCUGCCUGCUUCGCUGAUGAAUUGCACCAACCUCAUCGCACUGAUCUUGAGGGUGAACACCUUUUUUGGUGAACUCUCAUCCCUUGAUUUCUCGCAACUAACUCAACUUUCCAUAAUUGACCUUGGGAACAAUAACUUCAACGGUAGUCUUCCGGUGAGCCUUUUCUCGUGCAAAUCACUAACGGCUAUUCGAUUGUCCACUAAUAAGCUAAAUGGACAAAUCCCACCCGAAGCAGGCACAUUGCAAUCGCUGUCGUUCCUUUCAGUUUCUUUGAAUAGCCUGACCAAUAUCACAGGAGCAAUCCAGAUUCUCAUGGGUUGCAGGAACCUCAGCACUUUGAUAGUCUCAAAAAAUUUCGUCAACGAAGUGAUUCCAGAUGAUGCAAACAUAUUGGAUUCAGAAGGGUUUCAAAAUCUCCAAGUUCUGGCUCUGGGUGGUUGCCUAUUCACUGGUCAAGUUCCAUCUUGGUUUGCUAAGCUGGUGAAGUUAGAGGUCUUGGAUUUUUCUUACAAUCAGAUCAGUGGUUCCAUUCCAGGUUGGUUUGGGACUCUUCCGAAUUUGUUCUACCUAGACUUGUCUUUUAACCGUCUUGGGGGAUAUUUCCCCGAGGAACUCACCCAACUGCCUGGAUUGGUAUCAGACGAGGGCUCUGCCCAAAUAAACCGGACUUAUGUGGAGUUACCUGUCUUUGUUAGCCCAAACAAUAUCUCUCUACUGCAAUACAAUCAGCUCUCCUUUCUUCCACCAACAAUUAACUUGGGAAACAAUAGCAUAAGUGGAAGUAUUCCUGUUGAGAUCGGACAAUUGAAGGGUAUUCACGUGUUGGAUCUCAGUUGGAACAACUUCUCCGGCAACAUUCCGACACAAAUAUCUAAUCUGACUAAUUUGGAAACAGUUGACCUAGAGGGAAACCAUCUAUCUGGAGAAAUUCCAACCUCACUGAUUAGUCUCCAUUUCUUGUCUUCGUUCAACGUCUCGUACAAUGAUCUCCAAGGACCAAUACCAACAGGAGGUCAGUUUAAUACUUUUCCUGAAUCCAGCUUCAUAGGGAAUCCAUUAUUGUGCGGUUCAGUUCUAGGCCAACAUUGCUCCACUCAGCCCGAUUCUACACCCACUUCUGCUCCGAAGAGAAUCCUCAAAAAGAACAUCAUCAUUGGACUCGUUCUCGGUAUCUGUUUUGGCAUUGGCUUUACCAUGACUAUGCUAGCAUUUUGGAUAUUGUCCAAGAGAAGAAUCCUUCCAAGAGGUGACCCUGAGAAAGACGAUGUAGGAACAAUGUCAUUCAACUAUCAUUCUGAAAUAUCCAUCGAGCUCAUCCAGGAUCCCAGUCUAGUAGUAGUCUUCCCAAGCAAUAGAGAAGAGAUCAAUAACCUAACAAUAUAUGAGAUUCUGAAAGCCACUGACAAUUUCAACCAAGCAAACAUAAUCGGCUGUGGGGGUUUUGGAUUGGUCUACAAAGCAACUUUAGAAAAUGGAACGAAGCUGGCUAUUAAGAAACUUUCGGGAGAUAUGGGUAUAAUGGAAAGGGAAUUUAAAGCAGAGGUAGAAGCUCUAUCAACAGCCAAACACAAUAAUUUGGUUUCCCUUCAAGGAUACUGUGUGCAUGACGGCUGCCGAAUACUUAUGUAUGCAUACAUGGAGAAUGGAAGUCUUGAUUAUUGGUUGCACGAGAAGUCUGAUGGUCCAGCUCAGCUAGAUUGGCCAACUCGGUUGAGGAUUGCACAGGGAGCCAGCUGUGGGCUGUCUUACAUGCACCAGAUAUGUGAACCACAUAUAAUACAUCGGGACAUCAAGUCCAGCAACAUACUCCUUGACGAUAAGUUUGAAGCACACGUUGCUGAUUUUGGAUUGUCACGAUUGAUUCUUCCUUAUGAAACACACGUCACCACUGAGUUGAUUGGAACUCUUGGUUACAUUCCUCCGGAGUACGGUCAGGCAUGGAAAGCCACUUUGAGAGGGGACAUGUACAGUUUCGGGGUAGUCAUGCUUGAGCUUCUAACAGGGAAGAGACCUAUGGAGGUAUUCGAGCCGAAGAUGUCAAGGGAAUUGGUUGUGUGGGUAGAGCAAAUGAGAAGUGAGGGAAAACAAGAUGAAGUCUUUGAUCCUCUGCUGAGAGACAGGGGUUUUGAAGAACAGAUGCGGCAGGUUCUUGAUGUGGCUUGCAUGUGUAUCAAUCAAAACCCUUUGAAGAGGCCGACUAUUACAGAAGUGGUCAAUUGGCUCCAGAAUGUAGGGAGUGUCGAGCAGCCAUCAAAAUGCUAAAAGCAAAGUAGUAGUACAUAAGCAUACUUUUACGAAAUCUGGGUUUAUUGUUACUGCCCAUUGUAAUCCAACUACACUUGUAUAUAUCUCUGUGGACUGCGGAGGUGAGCAUAUUUUCAUUGCAAAAUUUUAUGUAUGAUAACGUGUGAUCUUGUACAUAGGCAAAAUUAAGUGAUCCCACUUCAAUAUUGAAACUUACAAGG